CUACCCCUGAUAUUACACACACGCCGGUGGAAGAUAGGUUGCUGUAAGUGUUCCCCUGUUAAUGGAGAAGUGAAGCAGGAGUUCACCCUGCUGUCACACAUCUGGCAAGAUGGCUGAAUAUCUUGCCUCCAUUUUUGGAACAGAAAAAGACAAGGUCAACUGCUCGUUCUACUUCAAGAUCGGCGCGUGCCGUCAUGGCGAGCGCUGCUCCCGGCUGCACAACAAACCCACCUUCAGCCAGACGAUCGUGCUGCAGAACCUGUACGUGAACCCGCAGAACUCUGCCAAGUCGGCCGACGGCAGCCACCUGGCCAACGUGUCCGACGAGGAGAUGCAGGAGCACUUUGACAACUUCUUCGAGGACGUGUUCGUCGAGUGUGAGACCAAGUUCGGCGAGAUCGAGGAGAUGAACGUCUGUGACAACCUGGGCGACCACCUGGUGGGCAACGUGUACGUCAAGUUCCGCCGCGAGGAGGACGCCGACAAGGCGGUGCAGGAGCUCAACAAUCGCUGGUUCGGCGGACAGCCGGUGCACGCCGAGCUCAGUCCCGUCACAGACUUCCGCGAGGCCUGCUGUCGGCAGUACGAAGUCGGCGAGUGCACGCGGUCGGGCUUCUGCAACUUCAUGCACCUGAAGCCGAUCUCGCGUGAGCUGCGGAAGGAGCUGUACGGCCGGCGCGGCCCGUCCUAUGUGGGCGGCGGCCGGCGCCGGUCGCGCUCGCGGGACCGGGACGGCGGCCGCGGCUGGCGCGGGGGCCGCGGCGGCGGCGGCGGAGGGUUCGGCGGUGGUGGCGGUGGCCGGCGCCGCUCCCGUUCGCGGGACCGCGACCGGCGCCGCUCGCGCAGCCGCGACCGUUCGGGCCGCGCCGGCCGUUACUGAGUGGUGCUGCCGAAGUGCGGACCAGGGUCCGUUCGCUGUGCUGUACUGUCUCACCCGCCGGCUGCGUCUGUCGCUGACGAGGGGACGCCGUGCGUCACCCCCGAGAAUAGCUGCCAGUUGUUGUGGUGUGGCACGCCACGGCGGCAGGGCCGAACCUGACCCGGAACGGGCGGGGAACGCCCGAAUAACGAGGCUCGGCCGCCGACGUAGCGCCGGGGCCUUUUCAUAACGCAGACCACGUGGAUCACAUUGAGCUGUACACAUGAUUUUCUCCGUAAUUACACUCAGUACAACAAAUCAAAUAAACAUUUGUUUGG